AUGGUGACAAAGUAUGGAAUGAGUGAAGACGUAGGUCUGGUCUUUCACGACCUACGUGGGAAUGAUACUAGUGCGAUCACCCGCAAAACUAUUGAUGAUGAGGUCAAAAAGCUGUGCGACGCUUCUUACCAACGUGCAAAAAGUAUUCUCGUGAGUAAGAAUGACGACCUGGAGAAGCUGGCCAAGGCCUUACUAGAAUACGAGACCCUGUCAGGAGCUGAGAUUGAAAAGAUCAUUAAGGGCGAGCCCCUCGACCGCAAGCCUAUCGACCUUGUCCUCACCAGCUUACGUUGGCUUUUGUGUCCAGAUAUACUGAAAUACAGAAACAGAAACAUUAAGAUACUGCUUGUCGCUCUGUGUUUAUGGAGCAACAAAUGA